UUUCUGUCUAGUGCAGCAGCAUGUGGCCACUACCACUACCAACUGCUCUGCUACUUUUAGUUUCUUCUGACAUUGGAGCCGGUCUCCAAAAGGCUGUGGUGACCCUAGACCCUGAAUGGGUCAGGGUGCUCGAGGAAGAUAAUGUGACCCUCAGGUGCCAGGGCACCUACUCACCCGAGGACAAUUCUACCAAGUGGUUCCACAACGGAAGCCUCAUCUCACACCAGAGCGCCAACUACUUCAUUGGAACUGCCAGAGUAAAGGACAGUGGAGAGUACAAGUGCCAAACGGCCCUCUCCAUGCCCAGUGAGCCGGUGAAACUUGAAGUCCGUAUAGGCUGGCUGGUGCUUCAGACCACUCAGUCGCCUGAGUUCCAGGAGGGGGACACCAUUCGGCUGAAUUGCCACAGCUGGAGAAAUAAACGUGUGCAUAAAGUCACCUAUUUACAGAACGGCAGAGGCAAGAAAUAUUUCCAUGAGAAUACUGAACUCCACAUUCCAGAAGCUACACAAAAGGACAGUGGCUCCUACUUCUGCAGAGGGAUGAUUGGACGAAACAACAAGUCUUCAGAGACUUUAAGAAUCACUGUAGAGUCGACAUCGCUGUCCGUCCCACCGUGGCCUCAAAUCACUUUCUGCUUGCUGAUAGGACUCUUGUUUGCCAUAGACACAGUGCUGUAUUUCUCUAUGCAGAGGGGUCUUCGAAGUUCACUGGCAGUCUAUGAGGAACCCAAGUUGCACUGGAGCAAGGAACCUCAGGACAAGUGAGCCCUUGUCUCAUCGAGUGCUAAGAGCAACGAUGUAGCGCCUAUGAACCUCUCUGUGGACUUGCAACCUCAUUAUCCGCACUGGGCAUCAAGCACUGAGCAGCAGGAAUAAUACAAAGAAAGGCCCCUCCCCUCCUCCCCAACUUGGUUUUCUUUUUGUCUCCAAAGAACCAUCUCAGGGGAAAGGAAAAGCUUCAGAUCCUAAAAGGCCAACAGUGAAGCAUCAGAGAGUAGGUAGCUGACCUCCGGAGACGUGAUGCUGCAGAGUUGUAUUAUGCUUUCUCUGUCCCAAACAUUCCCUCAUAGCAAAGCAGCAGCCUGGGCUCUGAGUGGCGACCCUUU